AUGUCGCUGAAAAAUAUAUGUUCGGAUCAAGAUGCUCUUCAAAGACCCAGUGUCAGUGAAUCGAUCGAACUUUUGGAUAAUACGGAGAAGAAAAGUGACAAUGGAGAGUCAUCUGCCAUUGUUAAAUUAAGGAAACAAGUCUGUAGAUUUUGUGGAUUGUUGCAUGAAGGUAGAUGUAUUAAACUUACCAAAUUAUUUCCUCUUUUCAGAGACAACUCAACGUUAAAGGAUAUCAGUGCUCAAAGGAUCUCAGCUACGUCCUAUUUCAACAUAACCUCAAAUCAUCAGUGGGACUACAGCAGAGAGGUCCUUCUCUACGUUAAGAAAAGUGAAGACUUGGCUGAGGGGAUUGGUAACUCUAGAAUACAGACUAUCCUCCACAAUUAUCCAAUCUAUGGUAAUGUUGCUCAGGAAAGAAGAGGUGGUGACCGCAUUUCUAACAAAUUCAAUGAGGGACAACAAGGUGUUAUAAAAUACAUCAGCUCUUUAAAGUGUUUAGAAUCGCAUUAUUGUCGUAGCAAUACUCGUCGAAGUUACCUUUCCUCUGAUUUAAGUAUAGAAAAGUUAGCAAAUAUGUACAACGCUCAAGCCAACGAGAACUUGAAAGUGAAAAAUUCGUACUUUCGCCAGAUUUUUGUGCAUAUGUUUAAUUUGGGCUUUGGUUCACCUAGGGUCGAUGUAUGCUCGACGUGCCUGGAACUUUCAGAAAAAAUAAAGCAAACAACCGAUCCUCGACAAACCGCAUCUUUAAAAGCUACCCAAGCUAUUCACAAAAAAAGGGCUAAAGCUUUUUUUGCAUUACUAAAAGUACAAGAAAAUGAAACUCUUACGCUCUCAUUCGAUUGCCAGAAAAAUUUGCCCAGUCCCAAAAUUCCAGAUCAGGAGACUUACUAUCGACGUCAACUUUACUUCUUCAAUUUUUCUAUUGUUGUUGGUAGUUCUCAGUGCAAAAUGUCUCCAAAUAAUUGCUUUAGCUACGUAUGGACAGAAGGAACUUAUCCAAAAGGUUCAAAUGAGCCUCCAAAAAAGUUCCAAUUCAAGCGAGCAGCAAAAUCCCAGCACAUGAUUCUCAUCCAAGCAGAACAGUUUUAUUACCACUUCAUUGGUAAUUUCAAAUCCAUUAUGAAAGGGAAAGAAAAUAUUUUAAGCAUUAAUCCUUCAAAAAUUGCUAAGGACAAUACAUUAGUAAACAAGAAAAAAUUAUCUGAUGUUAAAAGGCUUCUUGAAUUGCAUUUUGGGUCUGAUUGGCAAUCUAAUACAUGCUUAAAGUUUUACGUCCAUUUUUUUGCUUCUUGUGAAGGACGUAGUGAAGUUAGUGCAGAAGUGGAAGAAGAUUUAUGUGGCAUAACUGAAGAAGCACCAGAAUUAUGUGUCUAA